AUGACCCUGUGUAUCCCCUGGGUCACCGUCGUGUUCAGAAAGCAAGCGCUGCAUGUGAGUUUAAGCUCGUUUGACUAUCGGUUUGUGGUGCUGACUGGUGUCCUGGCCCAGUUGCGAAAAAAAAUAAAGAAGCACAAGCCGCGGUUGCGGCUGGCGGCUAACAUCGACCUGCUGGUGCAUUUGAACUUCUUACUGUUUCUACAUCGACUAGCAGAAGAAGCCAGGACAAAUGCUUUUGAGAACAAAAGUAAAAUAAUCAAACCUGAGCAUACUGUAGCUGCAGCAAAGGUUGUUUUAAAGAAAAGCAGAGGCUAAAAAAUGCAACAAUGAGAUUUCAAGUCUUGGGGUUUUUUUUGUGUUCUUACUAGCUUGAGAUCCUGUGAGCCAGCUUUUGCACUUGUGGAAGUAUUUGCUUUUACUGAUGUAUAUCUCCUGACUCGCCUUCUGAGUAUCCUGCUGUUUCUU